AAAAGGAAAAGGAAUCGUUCAUGGUGGUGGAUUAACCCUGUGAAGCCAAUACUAAAGCGUCCAAACCAUGUGUAAGGGAUUAGCUGCCCUUCCUCAGACAUGUCUGGAGAGGGCUAAAGAGAUCAAGACUAAGUUGGGAACUUUGCUUCAGAAGCCAGAGAAUGCCAUUGACCUCAUCAUCCCAUACCCUGAAAAGCCUGAGAAGAAACCAGAAAAGCUUCAGAAGCCAACCCCUGAAGAGGCUGCCCAGUGGCGUGAGUCUCUGGACCAAGUCCUCAACAACAACUAUGGCCUUGCGACAUUCAGAAGCUUCCUGAGAUCCGAGUUCAGUGAGGAGAAUAUUGACUUCUGGUUGGCUUGUGAGGAUUUGAAGAAAACUAAAAAUCCAUUGAAAAUGGCCACUAAGGCCAAGAAGAUUUAUGAAGACUUCAUUCAGACUGGUGGACACAAAGAGGUGAACAUUGACCAUUUCACCAAAGACCUGACUCUGAGGAACCUGGUUGACCUUUCUCCUGCUGCCUUUGACCUGGCUCAGAGCCGCAUCUACACCCUGAUGGAGAAGGAUUCCUUCGGCCGCUUUCUCAAAUCUGAGCUGUACCAAGAGCUCAUUAAGUAACAAGAUUGUCCAGCUAAAGGGAGACAAAACCACAAAUACCUUAUUGAUUAUGUAAUUAUUGGCAAUCUGGAAAUACACUAUUAUUAAUGAUCUAAUUACAAACAAUGUAGGAGCAUCAAAAUCAAAGUGAGUAGAAAUUUUUUCUUGGAAUCUCUGGAAUUUGGAAAACAAAUCCAAAUUGUCUCCCUACAGCUUUGCUCACAACUUGUUGAUGACCAAAUGAUCUGUUUGUUUAUCUUUUUUUGUUUUUUAAUCCAAAUUGUACCUAUGCAUAAUGCCAACAUUUUCAAAGUAUUGUUCAGUUUGUUUUGUACAACCUUUUAGCUGGGACAGAACUUUUAGUUCAAUGUCCACUAAAUAAAAUGGAAAAUUCUAGUCAGACUAGUUCCCACUUGUAAUUCAUUAGACUAGACAAGUGGCCCGCGUUUUUCUUUCUUUUUUUUUUCUUUUUUUUUUUUUUUUGAGAGGACGCCCUGGGCUCUGAGAUGCAUUUUGGAGAAGUAUCUGAGCACAGUGUUUAUCUGUCUGCCGUGAAGUGAGAUACGUCUGGCGUGGGGACGGGAGCGGAUGACAAGUGCGUUUUCUUAGAAACAUCCACAUUAAUGUUAACACUCAUUUAAAAGCAGCUGGGAGUUCGGGAAGGGGGAGGGCGAGGGGGUUGGAUACACACUUAGGCCCUGAAAGGCCCAUCAUCAUUCACAGUAAAAGAGAAGAGGGACGUGUUUAAAUGCAGCGAGUCCCUGGGAAAAGCCAGAGAGGAGGCUUGUUGUGGUGUGUACGUUGCUAAGAUAGGAAAAUCAAGUAGGAGUGGAUCUCCGUAAAGCAUUGGAAAACUUUUUUUUUUCUUUAUACAAAGGGAGGGCUUUCCCAAGGAAGAAUAAGGAACAACAGUAUAAAGUAUGAGCGUAUCUUGGUAUGAGCAAAUCCCAAUUUGGAGUCUCUUUCAAGAUAAUUACAACAAUUAUUAUAAUAAUACUUAUUAUUAUUAUUAUUAUUCACCAUAUUUUUCUUUUAAAUGCUGCAUACCCUUGACUAGAGCAGCUUAGCUUAAUUAUAGACCCUUUGCUUACCAUCAUGUACAUGGUAUUGAUAUGUAUGAACUUAUUUUCCUUAUUAAACAUGGCAGUGUGAAUCUCCCCAUAUGCACGUACAAUAUUCUAUUGCAUGUUUUUUUUCACUAUUUUAUCCUUAAAUACAUAUAUAGUAUAUAGCAUUAUAUGCAGUAUAAGGUGGUCCAUAAGUCCUUAUUUUUAUCCCACAUCAUUUAAAAUAUUAAAACACUGCAGGUCAGGAAAACAUGAAUUAGUUUAAAAAUUACAAAGAAAGAAUAUCCAAUGGUUUAGUAUAUAUGAAAGUAUCGAUACGAAUUUCUUAAAAAUCUAAAAUCUCAAAUCAAAUUAAAUGCCAUUCUACUAAGGACUUAUAGUGCACCUCUCAUUUUAACCUUACUCCAAGCAAAUCCAUGUAUCUGUACUACUGUAGCCACACUUCAAAUGUAUACAUGAAUUAAAGUUGUGAACACCUA